CAUUACCGACAUCACGAACAGGGAUCAGCAGCUCCAGAAAGAGGAGGAAGAGAGAUCAGAAUCUGAAAACAUUACACUGGAUUGUGACAACAAUGGACAAGAGUUUAUCCAAUUAUGUUUGGUAUAUUUCUGUGUAUUACAAUCGAUGGUCACUAUCACGGAAGAUCUUUUAUGUACUUUUUAUUAUCCAGUAUUUUUAUUAUCCUAUCCUGGCUAUUGUUGGUGUCCCUGUUAACGUAGUGACGGUCUAUGUCCUGCUAAAUAAAGAUUGUGGAUUGUCUCCAUGUGUCAGACGUUACCUGGGGGCCAUGGCAGUGGCGGAUCUACUGGUCAUUAUCCUCGACCUGAUAUUGAGACACAUUCCCAUUGUUUAUCGGGAAGAGUUUGAUUUCCUGCGGUACAUCCCCGUGUGUAAUAUCCACGCCGUCCUGCUUUAUGCAGCCACUGACUGUUCUGUCUGGUUCACUGUCUCUUUCACCUUUGAUCGAUUUGUGGCCAUUUGUUGCCAGAAGCUGAAAAGUAAAUAUUGCAGUGAGAAAACGGCGGCUGUGGUUCUGGGAACAGUGACUGUGCUGAGCUGUAUAAAGAACAUUUUCUGGUAUUUUAUGCUCGGAGUUCGCUAUUGGAUGGGGAACAGCCCCUGGUUUUGUUAUGCAACUGUUGGUGUUGAAUUCUCUCGUGUCUGGGGCACAGUCGAGUUUCUCCACUACAUUUUAACCCCGGCUCUCCCAUUUCUCCUGAUUCUGCUGCUCAAUCUUUUCACCGUCAGAUACAUUUUAGUGACCAGCAGAGCCCGCAGGAGACUCCGGGCUCACACCAAUGGGGACGGUCAGUGUGACACAGAAAUGAGAAAUCGAAGAAAAUCCAUCAUUUUACUGUUUGUGAUCUCGGCCAAUUUCAUCCUGUUAUGGUCAACAUUAAUGGUGUUUUCUAUAUGGAACCGGAUGUAUAAUUUAGGGUAUGAGUCUGUGCAUUUACAUACAUUUGUGCGGGAAUUGGGCUUCAUGCUGCAGCUCCUCAGUUGCUGCACAAACACCGCGAUUUAUGCCGUGACACAGACUAAGUUCAGGCAGCAGCUGAAGAAUGUGCUGAAAUAUCCCUUUACCCAAAUUCAUCAAUCAAUCAAAUUCACUCAUUAAUCAAUCCAUCCAGGAUUUUCUCAUGUCAGUUCAAUGUUUCAGCAAUGAAGCAGCCUGUCGCUAUGGUAACAGACUGAGGGUAGUGCUGGUUUAUCCAACCUUAUCCCACAGGGGGUUACAGG